CACACUGACUUGAGUAGUAAUGUGAGUGCGCCAGAAAGCGCAAAGGACUACGUACAGAGAAACUCCAUCUCGACAGUGGACACUUUUGUCUGGUACCAUUUGGAAAUGAACUUGCCUAAACAUUUCACCUUUGGUUUUGUGAGCCUCUGUCUUCUCAUCACGUGCAUGGAUGGUUAUGAUAAAUGCGUGGCCUCCAUUAGAAGGUCCUGUCCUGAUACCUGGAGUCAAUGGGAUGGCAAAUGCUACAAAAAACUCCCAGUGAAUCUACCCUGGGCUGAGGCCAGAGAGGAGUGCAUCAAGAUGGGAAGUGCGCUAGUCAUGCCACAGUCUCAGGAGGAAACUGAAUUCAUUGUAAAUAACAAGGUCGUCUUCUUUUGGAUCAACUGUAACGAUCUUCGCGUUGAAGGCUCCUGGGAUUGUGAAGAUGACCGGAAACUUGUACAGUAUACAAACAGGAAGGCUGGGGAAUCAAGCAACAGCAGUGACCAAGACUGUGCAUGGCAACAAACAUCGGGUGCCUGGAAUGACACAGAGUGA